AUGAGUGUCCCGAUUAUAGCCCAUUGGGAUGUAAUCCCAAAGAUCCCGCCUGCCUUUGUUGUCUUCGACGCCAACAAAGUGAAGUUGGAUAUCGAUCUCAAAUAUCUCGUUGUUGAUAAAAUUGAUUGGUGCCGAGCUCUACUAACUAUCCGACCCGCGAGUAUUCGUGCAGAACUUGACAUAGGCAACGCUUCUUCCGCCGCUGAGGCAGCUAUCGCUGCCACAACUCGUACAGCCGGAGGUCGAACCACAAAUAUCGCAACCUCCCCAAACUCUCCUCAAAGUCUUCUCCUUGAGCCCAUAAUCGCAGCAGUCACUGCACGUAUCGCCCGUGCUCUUUCUGCAUCCGAGAAAUUCUCUGCCACUGGUUAUGAUUCGGAGAAAUCGAUGGUUAGUUGGGAUUCAGGAUAUGGAGACGCACCGAACUCAACUCAAGCUUUAUGGAACUCUCCGAAACUCAUUCAACGUAUAGUUGUGGAAGAUAGUAUUCUUCCUUCCUCUGUGUUUCCUGCUGUGUGGCAGAGACUGGAAUCUGUCGAGGUUUUUACGCUCAAUUUGGCUAGCCUUUACUGCGGAUCGGUGGUUAGUAUAAUGACUUCAAUCACCCAAAUCACUGCAGCAGCAAAACGAUCUCUAAUCAAUCAACUCCCUCCACAUUCUUCUGCCACUUUACCCGUUGGUCACCGUUCCUCAAAUUCUCCAUCCACUUCUUCACAUCCCCUCUCCAAUCUCCAAGGGGUUGUGAUUUUUGCACCCCGUUUAGACCAACUCCUUAACCGACUCUCCUCCAUUCAAUCCCAGUACCUCAUCGAGCGGCUCCUUGGAGUCCUUGCCACGAACAUCACCUCUGGGGUCAAUUUCGGUAGACGUCUAGUGUUUGUCGCCACUGUGAAGAGUCUUCCGCCCACUGCAAUAGCUUUGCCACCUCCGCCCUCAGAUGAGCUGGGUACCCAACAACACCAUUCCAACUUCUCUUCAUAA